AGCACAAAAACUGUCUGCCACAGAGGCACAAAGGAGAAGUAGGAACUGUGUCUGAGCGAGAUGCGUGCAGAGCAAAAUCCCUGAGGCUGUCAGAGAGAGAGAGAGAGAGAGCUGUAGAUAGUGAGUGACUCAGCCGGUCAGACAAACAGAGAGAGAGAGAGAGAGGAGGGGAAACAGGAAACAGACUCUGAAGACUCACCCAAGCAGGAGUUCAACUGCAGCUUCACUUCAACUCCUGGGGGGGGGGGAGAAGCCUUGUGGAUGGUGGUCAGGGCGCGAGGCAGACAGCUGAGGACAAGGAGCUGAAAAGGACAAAAAGAAACCCCCCAGAUUGAGUGCUGACAAAGAGGAGGAACAAUGCCAUGAAGAUAUUUCCAUCACCAUCAUCGCUCCCUCAGCUUGUGGUGGCUGGAGACUCCCUGACUGAGCUGUGAACAUUUGUUUGGCUGAUUCCUCUGAGUAAGUAAAGCUCAGUCUUCAACUCGUGGGGUGAAGCCUGGUGGAGAGAUAAAGCAGGGGGAGGGGAGGACGCACCAGCCUGGAGCUCUGUCCCCAGGGAGGGGUCUCUUCGACAUGAGGUUACCCCCAAAAUAACUACAUCAAGACGAGGGAGGGGAUCAUGUGGUUGAUUUGGAGGGGAAAUCUUUGUGCCGACGGCCUGAGUGUCUUUCUGUUCUGAGACUGUCCUGUGCCUUUCUCUCCAUUCAUGGUGGAUUCGCCUUGUGGGGCGGCCUUUUCAUUAUAAAGCCAUUACAUAACAGACACCCCUCAUCCCUCCACUCUUUGAGAAUGUACAACUCUACGACACUCCCCACUGACAGCUUUACCUCGUCGUGGCCUGGGAAUCACUCGGCCAACUGCAGCAGGAACGAUGAGUUCAAAUACCCUCUGUACAGCACGGUGUUCAGCAUCGUGUUCGUGGUGGGACUCAUCACCAACGCCGUGGCCAUCUACAUAUUCACCUGCACCCUGAAGCUGAGGAACGAGACCACCACCUACAUGAUGAACCUGGUGGUGUCGGACCUGCUGUUCGUCUUCACGCUGCCACUGAGGGUCUUCUACUUCAACAACCAGAACUGGCCUUUUGGGAGCACGCUGUGCAAGGUGUCCGUCUCGCUGUUCUACACCAACAUGUACGGCAGCAUGCUCUUUCUCACCUGCAUCAGUGUGGAUCGCUUCCUAGCCAUCGUGCACCCCUUUCGCUCAAGGACGCUCAGGACUAAACGCAACGCAAAGAUAGUGUGCGUCGCCGUGUGGGUGCUGGUGCUGUCGGGGAGCCUCCCCACGGGGUUCCUGCUGGAUUCAACCUCGGAGGUGGACAACAAGACCGCCUGCUUCGAGAACUUCUCGUCCAAGCAGUGGAAAGCUCAUCUGUCCAAGAUGGUGAUAUUCAUAGAGACAGUGGGCUUCAUCAUCCCGCUGCUUCUCAACAUCUGCUGCUCCAUCAUGGUGUUGCAGACGUUGCGUCAGCCCGACACCAUCAGCCGCGGGGGGAAGCUGAACAAAACAAAGAUCCUGCGCAUGAUAAUUGUUCACCUCUGUAUCUUUUGUUUCUGCUUCAUCCCUUAUAAUGUAAACUUGGUUUUCUAUUCUCUGGUCCGGACCAAAACUUUAAAAGGCUGCUGGGUGGAGUCCGUGGUUCGGACCAUCUACCCGGUGGCCCUCUGCAUCGCUGUGUCCAACUGCUGCUUCGACCCCAUUGUUUACUACUUCACCUCAGAGACCAUCCAGAACUCCAUCAAGAGGAAGUCUCUGGUCGGGCGCACGUAUGACGCCAAGUUCUCCGAGGCGCUGCAUUCAGAAACCAGCUCCAACCUGCAGCACAGCCUGAGGAAUCUAAAAGCUAAAGUCUUUCACAAUGAGUCUUCUGUGUGAUGGGGCGUUGUUAUACUCAGGUAUUAAAAAAAAACUUUUCCAGAGAAAGAAACAAACCCACACAAGACCACAGGAAUGGAUAAGUGAUUUAUCAAGCACCUGCCAAAGAAGUAUUAUCUUAUUUCUCAUCUCAGGGCAAAUAUUCGGACCUGUCACUGACAGACCCUGCUCUGCAGUGUUACUGCUACGUGACCCUUUGUUUCGCAUCUGUGGAUUUAAUACUUAUUUAUUACUACUUAUUAAUUCCCCUUUUCCUGUGGAAAUUGUGUUAAGCGCAAUUACUCUGCCGGUGACCUGGAAGGGAAUGUGAUCACUGGACAGCAGGAGAGUUAUGAUACUGAAAGCUACAUGUGCCUGUUUAUCUGUACACUUCCAUGUUGAGCUGUGGUGCUAACUUUAGAGUAGUGUCUUAUUAAAUUAACAGAAAAGAUAUAUCAAGCUUUUAAGUGUACAGGGCUGUGUUGUGUUUUGUUUUUUUUGUGAAUUACAAGUAGGUCACAGAAGUGCCCUCUUUGCAUUUCAUUGUAGACUGUUGAUUGCCAUUAAAUGCACUGACAUGGAUUUCCAGAUACUGCACUCAUGCCACAGUGAUGAAUAAAAGUCAUGUACUGUCUAAAAUGAA